CCGACCACCGACGAGUCUAGUUCUCCGUUCUCGCGAGAAACGCAACCUUUCGCUUUCAAUUUUGUAUUACAUUAUAGAAUCCGAAUUUAAGAUGUUUCGCGACGAUGAUAUCGAACGGCGGGAAGUUGAUGCUGUUUCUCAUCAGUGAUUGAAAAAUUUAAACAGACUUAACAGAGGGAUACUUUCGAGUCGUUUGUAGUGGAUCCUACGCGUGAGUUAUCUCCACCGAGUGACGACAAGAUGAUAAUGGACACUCUGGACACGUUGUCCGGGCACCAUCACCAUCACCACGUCUCGCCGGCGUUCCUGCUGACCGAGACCGCGGCGGCCGCGGCCGCGGCUCACCACUUUAACGUGUUGAGCUUCGACACGUGCCUGUACAAGGGGGGCUCGGGGGCCAGCAGCGGUGGCAGCCCGACGCCGGCGUCGGUCUGCGCCUCGGAGGGGGAGACGCAGGGGGUGGAAGGCGCCCCCGGGGACCUCAACACGCCGGUGACGACGGCGGGGGACGCGCCGUCGUUCUUCGGGCCGAGCACGGUGGUAGAACCGCCACCCAUCACAGGUACUCUCGAUCCUGAGGAACUUUCGAUCGAACAACAAAAUCAACAACAACAAACCUCACCGCAUCAUUCACCUUCCAGCACUCAUCUGGCUGAACGCGUUACACCUCACGAAUCCGCCCUGAGUCCCAAAGAAGACAGUACCAAUCAGAGCUCGUUGAGCACCAUGUACUCCCAUCAUGCUCCUUCGAACAACAACAAUCUGACAAAAUUACAACACAGAACCGUUCACGGAGGAUCACCGGGGCUUCAGAGUAACAUCCAGAUGCAACAGUCCCAAGGGAGUCCUCUAGGGUUAGGGACGCAAGGGAUGAGUCACAGUCCUUCGGCGGUUGGACAGUGGUUGUUACAAAGCGGUGAUAAACCAAUGUAUCCUUCGAUGUUCGGAUUUCUGCAAGGGGGUACGAGUCAGACGAGUCAGAGUCCUCAACAGUAUACCAGUGCAACCCCAUCGCCUGCUGGAGGUCAGUACGAUGACCGAGGAACGGAACAGUUGAUGCUGAGCAUGGAUUGUAGUUCGAGUUUGUCGCUGAAACAACCUCCGAGUUAUCCUAGUUGUUCCAGUGCGACCACGACGCUUCAACUGGACAUGCAACAGUCGGACUUAGUGUACUCCCGCGUCGGACAACCUCUUGUAGCACCCGCCGCGAAAUACCAGUGGGACACUCAAGAAUACUCGCCUCAAGGUUCGGUAGUGCCCGGUCCCAGCUCGUUAGUACCUAAACAAGAACCUUUUUCAACCUCGUGUGGAGCGGAAUUACAACAAGCUCCUUCACCUUACGGUACGGUUCAAUUAGCUGAGUACAAUCCAUCUACGUCAAAGGGUCACGAGAUUCUUUCACAAGUUUACCAACAGAGUCCUGUACCGUUAAAGUUGGUGCCGGUAAAGCCACGGAAGUACCCGAAUAGGCCGAGUAAGACACCGGUACACGAAAGGCCCUACGCGUGCCCUGUGGAGAAUUGCGACCGAAGGUUCUCGAGGUCCGACGAACUGACGCGACAUAUCAGGAUUCACACCGGUCAGAAACCGUUCCAGUGCCGGAUCUGUAUGCGCAGCUUUUCCAGGUCGGAUCAUUUGACGACGCAUAUCCGCACUCACACGGGGGAGAAGCCGUUUAGCUGUGACGUGUGUGGGCGGAAGUUCGCGAGGAGCGACGAGAAGAAACGACACGCUAAGGUUCACCUGAAACAACGCAUGAAGAAAGAAUCGAAACUCUCUUCGGGCGGCUCCUCGUCAGCGAACAACAACAACAACGCCACCCAGACCCCCACGACGCACGUGCCAUCACCCUCCCCCCAUCAUCACACCCACCACCACCAUCACCACAUGCACCCCCACCAGUUGCCGUCCCACACCGUCACCAGCGACGAUGCCAACCCCAUGGACAGGGUGUCACAUGCACCACUGUGAGAUUUGCCCAACGCCGACCGUGUCCCGGUCGGCGAAUGUUUUUUACUUAUCCAAGACGACUGUGAUCUAUCCGGUGUUGCCGACAGCGACGGCGCCCCCAAAAUAGUCUUCAUCCAGAUCGACGAGAUCGCCUCCGCGCCGCUGCUGUCCAGCGAGACGACCACAGCGGCGUCCCAAGACCCUCCCAGUACCCUAGUGCCCUAUGGUGACCGGAAGGAAGACUCGAGCAGUCCUGUACCGGACACCCCCACCUUGCUCUCACUUGGAGCCAGUUUGGAGGCUUCGGAUCCGGGUCCCAGCGGUGUUGCCACGUUGUCUUUCAGUAGCGGUGGGGAAAAGAGUGCUAGUAGGGGGCACAGUCCUAGCAUGCCCUUGCUGGAUGAAGACGAGAGCAGCGACGAAAGUUUGAAGGUGGACAGUGACUGAAUAUUGUAAGAUGAUCUCGAAUUUGUUUAGUGGAUAGUGAUGAUUUGAUUCCCGGUGCUUUUUAGUUAAGACGGCUGUUUUGGUGAGGGUAGGAGAAGUGAAGGGGGUUUUUCUGGACGUCAAAAAGUAAAAUUAAGUGACGGGAUGCAGUACAAGUACUGCAGAAUAAGAGGAUUAGAGUAAUGAUACUUUCUGAUUUUUUUAUCAGUUUAAAAAUCUAAAUUUUUAGCGCUUAUAUCCUGAUAAUUAUGUAGUAUGCUCAAAAAGAACAAUAAUAUGACGAAGAUAGAAAUUUUUGAAGUGAUAUUUGACACACAAUGACAUUAUCGAAUACAAACGUCCAUUAUUUUAGUAUUUUUGAAAAUACAUAUUUUAGAACAAAAUGUUGAAAAGAAUGCAAGUUCACCAGUAGCACUGUAAGAAAAUCUACAAAAUAAAAUAGUUAUUUUUUGUAAAUAACGCUGCGUUUAUCCAACGGCGACCAACUUUUGUUUCUUGUUCAGAGAGGCUUUUUUAAUACAGUCGAAUAUUUAUAAAUAUAGUUCACAUCAAAUAAACUUUUAGUCACGUGAUUAA